GUUCAGUCAUCCAGGGCAGCAGUGGCGGUAACAUUGGAGAGCUUGCUGAAGAAGGGACAGGGAGUGUUUCCAGACAGCUAGAGGGCAAAACGGUCUCCUAAGGCCUCCUGUCCCACCAGCUGGCCAUGAUGACCUGCCCUUCGGUGCCUGCCAUCCCUACCCUCUGGCUGUUCCGCAUUCUGCUCCUGGUGGUCUCUCUGAAUGCUCAGAAUAAAAGCUGGGACAAACCUAUCUGCACCGAGGGCAUCCUGUCUGUGCCUCGAGGCAAUCCUGCAGUGAUGACCUGUAACAUCUCUAACACCUUCACCGACGUCACCAUCCAGCUGUCUGCCAAUGGAAAGGACAAGACCAUCUUCGAUAAAAAGCCCCAAGGAAACUUCUCUUGGAGUGGGUGGGAGCUCCAAGUUCAAGGAGGGCAGGCACAGCUUGUGAUCAAAGACACCCAGAACGACCACACAGGGAUAUACUUGUGGCAGCUGCAUGGACGCCAGAGAUACUACAGAAACAUCACUCUGAAUAUCUUAGAGCCUUCCAACGAGGACGAGGUCACAGACACAAGGCUCUUUACACCCUUCCCAGAUCACGCAAAGAGCUCUCCGAUAGAGGGCAAGCCUGGGACCCUUGUGGGAGUCAUCACUGUCAUCCUCAUCUUGGGAGUCGCCGGAUCCAUUACAUUUAUCUACUACAGGCACCGUCGUUCCUAGAAGCCCCAGAUGGAAUGUACCUCAGUGCCUGACUUGAGGUAAGGUGGUUCCACGUCUGUGGCCAGUGGAAGCUGAAGGGAGCUGCCUGCAGGGUUGAGUCCAGAGUGAGGCCACCAGCAUGGGCUUAUCACGUUCUAAGCCCUAGGAGACCUCUGGGACCGCAGACACCAUGGAAGUCAUCAUUAUGCGCUUGGCAGAGCACAUGGCUUUGUUCAGUCUGCUGGGCACAAAGUCCUUUCCCUGAGGGCAAUGGAACCCUUGGUUCUGUACAAAACAGGGGACAGUGACUCACUGAAGAAGGACCUUGGAAGCUGGAAAACAAUUUAGGCAUCUUUUUGGUCACAUGAACAAGAGUACAGCCUCCUGACUAUGGUCUUCAGUCAUCUGAUCCGCUCCUCAACUCUUCCCCAAAUUGGGAAUUCCCCAGCCGCAUAGCUCUUGACGCUUGGCAUGGGCUUCAUUAUUUCUGCUAAACCUCUGAGGUCAGGGUCUCACUACCACCCAAUGAGCUCCAGUGUAAGCCUGAUGCUGCACCAAGAUUUGCUCCAGGUAGAACUUGGGGGUGUACCUGAUUUCUGACUCACAACAGAAACGAGUUCGGGAAACCCAGAUGUCAGGUUCCAGGGGCCAAAAUAGGGAGCUAAGACUUUCAGAUGAAUCAUCUCCCCACUCCCACCCCUGCAAGGCAGAGUGCUGUCAGGAACAGGGGUCUGUGGAAGGGUGUAGUGCUGGUUGGCAGGCAUUGCUCUCCUGAGGAUCAGAGCAUCUUGGGAUUCCCUGGGGGCCUCUCUUCAGCAGACUCCUGAGCCCCAACUCCCUGAUUCAUAGCCACUACACACUGUUCUUUUCUGAACUUUUGUCCUAGUUACAAUGUUAUUUUUUCUUACAAUUAAAAAAUGAUUUUUUGGUAGAAAUUUC